AUGAAAACCGCCACUGUCAGGUACCACAAUGACUCCAAGAUGUUGGCCGUCGACCUCGUCAUCGGCGAUGCCCUGUACCAAGUGAAUGCAACCGUUGAUCUGAGUAGAUAUUUACCGGAGGAGGUCGCCAUUGGCUUCUCUGCGGCGACUGGCAUGUACGCCGAGCUGCACCAGAUACUCUCAUGGUCAUUCAAUUCCACUCUGCAGCUUGAAUCAAAGAAGGAAGCACCUCCUCUUCCAAUUCCAGCCAGCAGCAGCAACAAGCACAAAAAGUUGGUACCAAUCCUACUUUCCAGCCUAAUUCCUCUGCUUCUUUUGUUGGUCUGUGCGGCGGUGGUACUGGGAUGGCGGCGACAAAAGAAAAGAAGAACAAAUGAGUAUAGUAGUAGCGACUCCGAAGAACCGAGUGCCGACAGAGCUGGCCUUGAGAGAGGUGUGGCUGCCGGCGGCCCCAGGCGGUACAUGUACCACGAGCUCGUCGCCGCAACGAGCAACUUCGCGGAGGAGGAGAAACUCGGGCGAGGCGGCUUCGGGAGCGUUUACCGAGGUCAUCUCACACUCACGCACGCAGCCGCGGUCGGUGGUGACCAGGACCGUCGUGCUGUGGCGGUGAAGGUGCUGUCGGCAGAGUCGUCGUCCCAGGGGAGGAAGGAGUUCGAGGCAGAGGUGAGGAUCAUAAGCAGACUGAAGCAUCGCAACCUUGUACAACUGCUGGGUUGGUGCGACAGCCGCAAGGGGCUCCUGCUUGUCUACGAGCUUGUUGCGGAGGGCAGCCUAGACAGGCACCUCUACAACAACGAUGACAGCUAUCUGACAUGGCCACAGAGGUACAACAUCAUCCUUGGCUUGGGAUCUGCGUUACGCUACCUCCACGGAGAGUGGGAGCAGUGCAUCCUCCAUGGUGACAUCAAGCCGAGCAACAUCAUGCUCGACUCGUCGCUCAGCACCAAGCUCGGGGACUUCGGGUUGGCCCGCCUCAUCGACCAUGGCGCUCGGUCAGUGCAUACCACUAAGGCUGUGCUCGGCACUGUCGGGUACAUCGACCCGGAGUUUGUCAACACGCGCCGACCGUGCACCGAGUCCGACGUGUACAGCUUCGGUGUCGUCCUCCUGGAGAUCGUCUCCGGCCGCCGGCCGGUGAUCGAGACUGUUGAGACUUCCUUCACGCUGCUCAGCUGGGUGUGGAACCUUUACGGAAGGGACGUGAUCCUUGAUGCGGCGGAUGAGCGGCUGAGGGGCGAUGAGGCGGACGAGCGGUGGAUGGAGCGAGUACUUGUCGUUGGGCUCUGGUGCGCGCACCCGGACCGGAGCGAGCGGCCAUCCAUGGCGCAGGCCAUGCACGUCCUGCAGUCCGACGAGGCGAGGUUGCCGACGCUCCCACGGCACAUGUACAGGGCUGCACAGGAUCUUGCGUCGUACGGGUCUUUCUCCGUUGACAGCUCAGGCUCCGGUUGUGUUCGCUCUUCUUCGGUCAGCACCGGCAACACCACUGUUUCUUCCGAGUCGUCCUCGACCGCGCUGCUACGACAUUCCAAGGAUCAAGUUAAUUGA